GACGUGAGGCGGAAGUGAUGGCAGCGGGUGCUGGGGGCCCGGCGGCGGCGCGGCGGCGAUAAGCGGUGCGGGCCCGACAUGGCGGUUCGCUGCCGGGAAUGGGCUCGCCUCUGCUCGCUGCUGGCGCUGGCCGCUCUGGCGGGGCUGGGCGCCGAGGCCAAGAAUUCUGAGGAUGUUCGAUGUAAAUGCAUCUGCCCUCCUUACAAAGAGCAUUCAGGCAAUAUUUUCAAGAAAAAUGUUUCACAGAAAGACUGUGAUUGUCUUCAUGUGGUUGAACCCAUGCCUGUCCCUGGCCCUGAUGUAGAAGCGUACUGUUUACGUUGUGAAUGCAAAUAUGAAGAGAGAAGCUCUGUCACAAUUAAGGUUACAAUCAUCAUAUACCUGUCUAUUUUGGGCCUACUUCUUCUAUACAUGGUGUACCUUACACUGGUGGAGCCUAUACUGAAGAGACGUCUCUUUGGACAUUCACAGCUCAUACAAAGUGAUGAAGAUAUUGGGGACCACCAGCCUUUUGCCAAUGCCCACGACGUGCUGGCUCGUUCUCGGAGCCGUGCCAACGUGCUCAACAAGGUGGAGUACGCGCAGCAGCGCUGGAAGCUGCAGGUCCAGGAGCAGCGCAAGUCGGUCUUUGACCGUCACGUGGUGCUGAGUUAAUCCUGUCCCAGGAAAGCGACCCCAGGGAAGUGAAGUGGACUAAUGAAAAGAGUUGACUUGCAUCUUCCUGAUCCUGCCAGUUCAGAAGGGUUUGCUUAGGUGAUUUGUUAUUGAUUAAAAAAGAAAAAGGAAAAGGUAUUUGAACUCGGAGGGAAUGUACUGGAAUGGAAGCAAUUCAAACAGAUUAGAUAACCAAAAGCUAAAAUCUUUAUAUUUUCAAAUGGCUUUUACUAACAAAACUGAAAAGAAAACAAACCCUAAAAUACCUUGGGUUGCCACUGUGGUACCUGAUUUACAAUAGUGAUUUGAUGGAUGGUUUUAACCAGAUAUUUCUCUCUACUAUUUAUGUGGUUAAAAAACACCUGGGAACACAGUAAUUACUUACAACUCACUAAUCACUUUAUGUAAAGACCUUUUGUAAAUAUGCUUGGAUUUUCUGUUCAGUAAUGCUAGGUACUGGAAACCUAAAUCUUGCAGUGUAGUUCUCACAUCAGAGAAUGAAAUCCUGAUUGGCUGUAUUCAUUUGGUUUCUUGCACUCAUACUUUCAAGAUCAUUGUAUGUUAAGUGAUGUUUGCAGAUUUAAGGCAAAGCUUAAAUGGACACUGGAUCUUUAAGCUGCAUAAAGUACUGUGAUGUAGAUAAACUGAAAUGCAGUGUAUAUCAAGACAGUGUUGGCAUUUUGUUUUGAUUUAAUAGCUUAAUAUAUUGUAUGUGUAUGGUAUUUCCUUUUAAGGAUCUUCUCCCUUUCUUUUCAUAGGUAAAGUCUCAGGAGUUAGUAUAUGAUGAAAUAUUUAUUACAAAAAAUCUUCCUGCGUUUGUCUGGAUUGAUGGUGUAAGGCACAUACUUUCUCCAGCACCCGUUGUCUUGAAAGUUAGGUGUAUUUUUUUAUCUGUGAUUCUAUACUUAUCUCUCUCAAGAGGUAUACAGUUGGUAGAUAACUAACUUUCAUAUAUCCCCUUUGGAAUGUAACAAUUAAAGAUAAAGCUGAUUUUUGAAAAAUG